AUGGGUAAAAAGAGGAAAAGGCCCAGCAAGAACUGCGGUCCCACGUCGUCUCAGACGAGUAUCACUGCAGCGACCGGCCGUUUCAAGUCCCCCAAAGACUCCGCUGCGCGAAAUAACCUCACCACACACCCAGUCAUUUCGCUGUACUACCACCAGGUUUUGACCCUACGCCAGUACAUCUUGAGUCAGCUACCUCUUUCCUCAAAAUCGCGACGAAAGCGCAUCAAAUCCCUGCGAUCCUCACCCGACCGCAGUCAUGUCCAACCAUUGGUAGACCUGCUGGACUCCACCCUGGUAGGCAUCCUGAAGCUGCCAUCUCCGAAUGUUGACUCCGAGUGGAAGCGCGCCUUUCGAGAGUUUACCCAGUCUCAGUCGCGGUCGGUCCUGGUCAGCACGGAUACGGGGCCGACAUCCCCACAAUCUGAAGUAGUCGAUUUUGUGAUCAGCCAACUCUUCAAACAGUCCUCUAAACCGCAGCAUUUACUCACUCAUGGGUUUCAACGCUCGUUCCAAGGAAAUGAUGAUCUCCAGACCAAAAUCCCGGGGAUCGUGGUUCAAUUCCACAAUGAAAAUGUUGCCAUCCUUCAGCAAUCACCAUGGACAGAGGUCCUGGAUCUGUUAGGUGGGAAUGGCGACGAAAUUAUGCUGCGAUUGUUGUUUGAUUGCGGCAUUUUUGCUCCCAUUGAUGCUUCAAGGGCCAUCUACUCCCAAUUAAGCGGAACACCGCUUGCAUUUCUGGAUCAGAUCCAUGAAUCUGGCGAGAGAGCUGGUGAAAAACCCGCCAAGCCAAUCCCGGAGAAAAAGCCGCCACAGAAGACCAAACGCCUUGAUCGUAAGGGUGAAAUUUGUAAUCCCAACAGCAUCGUCUUCCUUCGGCGCAGUAUGCUGUAUAGCCGACAUGCAUCUUGGUCAAACGGGAAACUGGUGGCCGGAUUGGGCAGAGCUCAUGUCCUCAACCGCUUCAAAAACCUGGACUCGGCUGCUCAGACAAUACACGUGAUGAUGUACAUCUUUGCACGGCAGUUUGGGUUGCGAAGUGUUUUUGUGCCGACGGAGGACCGUAAUGAACAGUUCCUAAGCCACGGUCAUGCCUUUCGCGAGGAUGAGAUAUUUGCUCGCGAUGACGGUGCAAAGCUUCCCAAGCGGCUUCGUGGCCAAGCUGUCGAGCUUACACAGCAGCUUCGAACCCGCCAGGCUCGCUGCUCAUAUGAACAGUUGUUAAAGCAUUACUGUCCCACCGAGCCCAACGGACCCUGGAAAUUACAAUCCUCAUCAACACCCAUGGAUAAUGGAGAACCAGGAACUGAACCUGGGUCAUCCAUAGAAGAGAAUUUGAUCACACAGUUAAAACUGAAGUCCCCUGAAGUCACUAAGAAUGGAGUUCUAGGGCCAAUUUCUAACCCUACAGAGCAUAUCAAGGUCCCUGGAGUCGAUGACUUGACCCGUGAAAGCCGAGUUCCGAAACCCAAGCUGACACUCACGGAUUAUGCUACACCGGCCUCCUCAGUCUCUGCUUUCUGCCGAGCCGUGCUGCUGAGGCUGAUUCCCCUCAAGUUCUUUGGUGAUGGCUCAGACGGUUUGUUUAAUCGAAGGGCCAUUAUGAAACAUAUUGAUUCUUUUAUCAAAAUGCGCCGAUUUGAAAGCCCUAGUCUGCAUGAAGUGUGUACAGGCUUGAAGAUUGCCAAUAUUUCCUGGUUGGCCUCUCCCAAACUUCACAAGCCGCAAGGUGGCGAAAAUACGAAAAUGUCUCUCUCCGACUUCCAGAAGCGCACGGAGAUGUUUCAAGAGUUCAUUUACUACAUAUUUGACUCUAUUCUGCUCCCUCUCGUUCGGGCUAACUUCUAUGUCACCGAAUCUCAAAUUCACCGCAAUCGUCUAUUCUACUUCCGUCACGAUGUAUGGCAACGUUUGACAAAGCAGCCGUUGGCGAAUUUAAAAACAGCCAUGUUUGAAGAGAUUGAGACAUCUCGAGCCCAACGAUUACUAAAUCAACGAUCUCUUGGAGUUGGUUCGUUACGACUACUGCCAAAAUCCUCAGGGAUCCGCCCCAUUCUCAACUUGAGGAAACGAGUCCUCAAGGAGCAAACCUGGGGCGGGAAAAAGCGAUCUUAUCUUGCAGCCAGCAUAAACUCUAGUCUCGCUCCAAUUUCCAGCAUGUUGUCCUAUGAACGCAAGCAGCAGCCCACGAGACUGGGUUCCUCUUUACAAUACGUUGGGGAUAUCCAUCUCCGGUUAAGAGAUUUCAAGAAACAGUUGAUUCAACAAUCGGGUGCAACACAAGCAAAUCAGCUCCCCAAACUCUUUUUUGUAAAGCUUGAUAUCCAGGGUUGCUUCGAUACCAUCCCUCAGAAGCAGCUUCUGGGUUUAAUCGAAGAGCUGGUAUCUGAAGAAUCCUAUCUUAUUACCAAGCAUGUGGAGAUGACCCCAUCUGCCUUUGACAUGCGAGGAAAACCCUCGCGGAGGUUUAUUGGACGUGCUGCGCCAGCCUUGAAACAGCAGCCUUUGCAAAAAAUGGUGGCUGAUCAAGCGCAGGGCGGGAAGGCCAAGACUGUUUACAUCGACACCAUUAACCAAAAGCUCCACGAUACCGGUGAUUUGUUAAGCCUUCUUGACCAACACGUGCGCAACAACCUUGUCAAGAUGGGCAGGAAAUAUUUCCGUCAGCGCAGUGGUAUCCCACAAGGCUCCGUCUUGUCUAAUCUGCUAUGCAACUUUUUCUACGGGGAGCUGGAACAGCAAGUGUUAGGCUUCUUGCGGCCUACGGACUCAUUACUUCUACGCCUCGUCGAUGACUUCUUAUUGGUCACAACGGACGUGGACCAAGCGAUGCGGUUUUUGAAUGCCAUGGUUCCUGGUCAACCAUCAUAUGGCGUGGUAGUCAACCCAGCCAAAAGUAUGGUCAACUUCACCGCCGAUGUAAAGGGUAUUCAUAUUCCUCGAGUAGAGGGAUCAUCACCCUUUCCGUAUUGUGGAAUUUUGAUCAACACUCAUACGCUAGAGAUGAUCCGGGACCAAGAUCGUCUUUUGGAGGGCGGCGCCUCUGCCGCUGCGUCUCUCUCUGACACAUUAACAGUGGAGACCAGUCGCAACCCGGGCCGUGUUUUUCGUCGCAAAGUGCUUGGGCCAUUCCGACUCCAGAUUCACCCAAUGUAUCUUGAUGAUGGCCACAACUCCCGAAGAGUUGUACUCACCAACCUCUACACCAGCUUUAUCACUGCCGCGAUGAAGAUGUAUCGAUAUAUGAAAUCCCUCCGAGGCCGCACCCACCCAGAGCCACCUAUCAUCAUCCAGACAAUUCACGAUCUCAUCCAUCAAACUUUCAAGACGAUUCAAACGCGACGCGCCUCCAAAUCCGCACCUAUGUCAUGUUUUGUUCAGUUGUGGCACCUGAAGUACCUGGCCGCAUCUGCAUUCCGGUUUGUCUUGAAGCGCAAACAAACGCGGUAUGUGGCUGUGCUUUUGUGGCUUGCCCGAUUGGGGAAAGAGUCGCGGCCAUCAUCGGAUGGAGAAGCCCUUUGUCUUCAGCAGGUCCUGAAGAAAGGAACAACGUUAUUUGAGCAAUGGCGUUUUUAA